AUGUUUCUCAGGGAACUUUAUUUUAAUGAUGAUGGAAAAAGAGAUUCUGGACGUUAUCCCCUUAUAUUUUCAAGGCUGGUUGAUGGAGCUUUGCUUAAUUUCUUGGAUUUAGUAUUUAGAGAUUUUAUCAGCUAUUGGUUGAACGAUAUUGCUAUCGGAGCAGAUGAAUUAAUUAGUACUGCUAAACAAGAUUUAUGGGAAGCAAUACAAAAAAUACAUAGUCGAACGGAAAAUAUUGAUCAUACAAAUUUAGUAGCGUAUGGCAUAGUGAAUACGAUAACUUUUCAUUUUGAAAAGAUUCGACUUUCUCAAGAAGCAGCAGUUGAUAAGGAAAAUCCAGUGUACAUUUUAUCACCACAUUUAGUAUCAGAGGAUGGGGAAUUGGAGUAUUUGAGAAAAGUAAGCGAGGUAUUUAUUUUGUUCUUUAUGCCACGUGGAUACACAUUUCCACCAGUAAUAAGUUUUCUAAGGGAGGUUUUUACAUGUAAAAUAUUAAAACCAGUUAUAAAUACAAUAACCGAUCCAGAUUAUAUUAAUCAAAAAAUUUUGUUAUAUAUUCGACAACAACAAAUGGCAGAAGCAUUGCAUAGGAAAACUUGCGAAUAUGCAGAUUCGUUUGAAGAUUUCAUUCUAAUGAUUAAAUCUACUAGAGAUCUUGAAGUUUUAAAGCGUAUUAGGUAUAAUAUUGUGACAGAGAUUAUGCAAGCCACUACGACUCAAAAUAUUCAACGCUCUCAGGGUUUAGAUUCUGAAAAUAUAGGCUUUGGUAAGAAUGAUACAACGUAUGGGCGAAAAUUAAAACGUUACAUUGGUCAAUUGACUUAUGCGAAGAAUACUUGUGAGUGCCAUAUGCAAUCGUUGGGAUGGGACGGCUAUCCUAUGGAAGAAGACGAUGUAAUAGAUCCGAUGGCAACUCCUGAAAACAGAAUAAUACCUUUACGAGUAAUUUUGGAUAGUGUUAUAGGUAGAAAAUAUUUGUCUGAGUUUUUGGAACAAGUAUCUAGUCAAGGAUUAAUUGGUUAUUGGGCAGCCGUACAAGAACUUCGUGUAACGGAGAAAUCUAAUUGGCAUCAGUUAGGAGCAGAAAUUUUUUAUACAUACGUAGCCAUUCCCACUGCUGAGAUUAAAGUUGAUAAAGAUGUGAAAAAAAAGAUGGAAAGUUUUUUAAUGGGAGAUAAAGGACCAGAUGUAUUUUAUGAAGUUCAAGAAAUAGUUGUUCAAACUUUAGAGGAAAAGUACUAUUCCUCUUUUAUAAUUAGCGAGCAGUAUAAAAAGUUAAUUGAAUCAACAAAUGAUGAAAAAUUAGAUAUUGCGAAUGAGGAUCGAAGAUCGAUAAUUAAUGGGACUAUAUCAGACAAUACUUUAUUAGUUGGAGAGCAUUCCAAUUACUCACGAAAUAAACUUGAUCGGUUACAAGAAAAGCUAAAUAAUAAAAUGCAAGCAUUGCAAGCACUUCAGUCGUCUUUAAAGCCGGAAAGUAAAGUACUAAGUAUAUUAGCAAAGGAAGUUGAAUGGUUACAAGGUGAAAAAAGGCAGUUGGAGGCCCAUUUAAAUCAUACGGAAAUGUGGGCUGAGCACUUAGGACGUUGGAGAGCGGACGUUCAGAGCGCUGAAACUCCGGAUAAUGGUGAGCCUCCAGAAUUUGUUUUAGUUGUUCAUAUGAUAACAGAUGUUGCAGACGAAGCCAGUAUUUCUACGGGAUGGGUGGUUUUACGAAAACUGCAAGAAUUUCAGGAACUGCAUAGAAAACUACGUCAGCUGUGUUCUAGUGUAAAACAUCUAGAAUUACCAUCUCAGCCUCUAAAAUUUUUUGGCAAAACGGACAAGAAUGCAAUGGAUAAAGCAAGAACGCAGAUUCAAAAAUAUUUAAAUUUUGUUUUAGAUGAUGAUCGUUUGAAUCAAAGCGAAGCGUUGUACACUUUUCUUAGUCCAAGUUCGGAGCGUUUGAAACAUAGUACACCAUCGCCAAAGAAAUCACGAUUUUCUUUAUCUACCCUGUUUAAAUCUAGUUCAGGCAGCAGUGGGGACUCACGAGAGAAAGACGACGAAGAAGAAUAUUCCUUAUUAUUAGAUGAUAAUGAACCCACGCGAUCGGUGACUGAUGCUUUUCUAGGAUUAGGAAAAGAUUCUAUUGCUGAGCCGCUCUACACCUUACUUGGUGAAAUUUUUGAUUUAAGAGGUGUAUUCCGUUGGUUAAGGCGAUCAUUAAUUACCUUCGUACAACUUACUUACGGAAGAACAAUUAAUAGACAAGUUAGGGAUACCGUUACGUGGAUGUUCUCUGAACCAAUGCUUCAUUAUUAUAUUCAACUGUUAAUAAAAUCGUGGUGGCCUAAUGGUAAACUCGUUACGGAUGUGCCAAUUCGAUUGAAUGAAGAUAAAUUAAAAACACGUUUAGAAGCUCGUCAACAAUUUUUAAGUAACGUACCUGACUUUUUGACGAACCUAGUUGGAGCUCAAAGUGCUCAAAGAGGAGCCACGAAGGUUUUUGACUCUCUACAAAACGUGCAACUAAAUAAACAAUUAUUUUACGAUAUUUUUGAAGUUAUAAUGUAUGAGAUGUUUCCAGAUUUAAAAAAGGGCAGAGAUUAAAUAUUUUUUCAUUGCAUAAAUG